AUGAAACUGCAGUUCUUCUUUUUUCUUCUGCUUGGGCUCGCAACACUGCGAACCGCCGACGGUCAGGCAUGCAACUACGGCGACACCGAGUUCGCGCAAAACUGCUAUCACUAUAUUCCGAAUUUGAUGACCUACAACGAUGCGGUCAAGACGUGCAAGCAAAUUGGACAGGCGAUCGUACAUAUCAAGAAUUCGUCGGAAGCUUAUUUCUUGACUUCUACUGCCAUGCAAAAAUUUGGGGCCACCUACUCAGCGUAUUGGCUCGGAUUGCGGCGAACAUCGGGAAACGGCGCCUUCCGAUGGGAGGACAGAUCUCCGGUGUCUUAUACAAAUUGGGCGACUGGAUAUCCAUUCGAAUCCUAUCCGAACGUCGCUGUCCAAAUCUCCAACACGAAAUGGACAUCGGUGUUCGACUAUCAGAAGUUCCCAGUGGUUUGCCAGUACACGGGACAUUACGCGCCAGCGACAACUCAACCACCGACAACAAAGAGAACUGUGAAUGCCUAUUGCAAUGGAGCACAACUCAUAUUGGAUAACAGAUGCUACUUCUUCUUCAACACAUUCAUUUCGAAUUAUGAGGCAAAAUUGGCGUGCGAACGAAGGGGAUUGACACUGGCGGUGAUCACUUCGAAAUCAACAGCCAACUUCGUCUCGUCCACCGCUGUGCAGAAGUUCGGCAACACCUACGACGGAUUCUGGAUCGGCCUUCAUCGCAAGGGAAGCUCGACGACGUUCCAUUGGGAGGAUGGAACGCCGGUCGUCUUCACCAACUUCGCCGACGGAUAUCCAUACGAGAAUGAGGAGGACGUCAUCCAGCAGCUCUCGAACGCCCAAUGGAUGACGUCGCUCAGCGACAGAGCUCAUCCAUACGUUUGCAGUGCAUCGUUGUAUUGA